AUGCCCAAAUACUAUUGUGAUUAUUGCGAUACUUACUUGACACAUGAUUCGCCUAGCGUCAGAAAAACACAUUGUACUGGAAGAAAACACAAAGAUAAUGUCAAGUUUUACUAUCAGAAAUGGAUGGAAGAGCAAGCUCAGCAUCUUAUUGAUGCUACAACAGCUGCCUUCAAAGCCGGUAAAAUCGCCCAAAAUCCGUUUGGCGCCAAAGGUGCAGCUAUUCCUCCGCCUUGGGAUCCAUCAGUAAUGGCACCAGGAUGUCCUAGACCACCAGUACCAGCACCAGGGGGUCCUCCUGGUAUGUUACCUCCUCCUGGAAUGGGUCCAGGUGGACCAAUGGCUCCUCCAAUGAUGAUGGGACCACAUGGACCAAUGCCGCCAAUGAUGGGCAUGAGACCACCUAUGAUGGGCCCUUUGAUGGGUCCUAUGGGCCCUAUGGGACCAAUGGGACAAAUGCGUCCACCGUUAAUGAAUGGACCUCCUAUGAAUAAGUAG